AGUCAAUAAAAAUUAGUUUGAGAACCCUAGUAGUUCAUGGCACUGUAAAUUGUGUCUAGAAUUGAGGUUAGACUAUAAUCGAAAUGAUACAAAACGUAUAAUAAUAAACAGUGAAUAUUAUUGCGUGUGUUCUCAAGUUUUAAAUGGCUAGUAACGUACAUAAAAAAAUGGCUAAUUUACCAUUAUUAAAUAAAACGAGAGGUGAUGACAUUCUUGAAUGUUUCCUUUAUCCUAAAUUUUGUUAUUCAUCUAACACUGAUAACAUAACUGAAGCACAACUUAAUGAAGAAAUAGCUAAAUAUUAUGAAGAAAUUGCAUCUUACACAACUGAUUACAUUUGGCAUAGAGAUGCCUUAGUAUUCCGUCCAAGAACAAAGCAAGCAAUGAUGUUAGAAAGAAUUCUUGACAAUUCAAUGGUUAUAGAAGAUUAUCAAACCGUUGCUCACAUUUAUGCAACUUUACGUUUUGACGAAGAUAUAGGAGAUGAAUGGUUUACAGUAUUUCUUAUAUACAAACUGACUAAAGUGUUUGAUGGAUUAAUUGCUAGAUUAGUUGACUCAGAUGGUGAAUUUCUUUUAAUUGAAGCUGCAAAUGUAUUACCUUUAUGGGCCAAUCCAGAAACUUGUCAAGAUCGUGUUUUUAUACAUAAUGGAUUACUUCACAUUAUCAGAGAAAAAGGAAAGUCAUUUGUAAAUUUGUUGAAUAACAUUAAUCGUAUUCCACAAAAUUCUAAAGUAUCAGAUAAAGUACAGAGUAUAUUAAACAAACGUAUAGAUACUUAUCCAAAGGAAAUAUGCAAAAGGAAACAUAAGGCAAGAGCAUUUUUACCAGAAAAAGCUGCAUCUAUUUUGCGACAAGAACCAGGGCUUAUUGGACCAAUAAUUAGAACAAUUUGUCAUUCUGAUCCACUUGAACGUAAAGUUUGUCGCGCGAUGAGAUAUUUUCCACCUGAGCAACGUACCAUGGUUAAUGUGAAAAUGACUAAAUGUUUAUAUGCGUUAGCAACGCAUAGUCGGUACACCGGUGAUCCAAGAACAGGUUGGAACUUACCUCCUGCAAGUAGUUCAAAAUACAAUGCAUAUGUACUUGGUGUUAAAAUAGCAUGUGGUCUAGAGAUGCUAGUAGCGUCUGCUAAUGAGGAACGUAGAAAAAGAGCAAAAAAUACAACAGGAAUAGAUAACGAAGAGAUGUCAAUAUCGAAUGAACGUUCUUUUAAUGCAUUUGUAUCUCGAUUGGAAGCUAAUGGAUAUUUCAAAGACUUGUUGGAAGGCAGUAAAGAACGUGACAAACUUUUAACUAUAGCAAAAGAUUAUUUUUUAAAACACUUUAAUUUAGAUAACACUUUGCCACAUGAUGAUAAAACAGAUGCAGAAAAAGUUCUAGAAGCAUGGGAAAAUAUACAAACGAAUGAUGUUGAGAUGUAUGCCCAAGAUGAAGGUGCAUUAAGUCCUGCGGACAGUGAUAGUUGGUUGAAUAUAGAUCCAGCACAAUUAGAAGCGCUUUUAAACCAACAAUGGGGAAGUAGUAAAGACAAAAAACAUGAACUUGAACCAUUGAGUCUUAGAGAAAAAGUACAAGCUUUUAUCAAUCAGAAUAGCGACAUUGAUGGUGUACAACUAGUAGAGGAUCAAUCAGCGGAGGAUAAUGCAAAACAUGACGCAGAUGACAAUGGAAGAAUCGAAUUUGAUGCAGACGUGUUUGACAGUACCUUACGUGAUAUUUUAGAUUUAGUUGUGCCAGGUGGCGACGGAGAAUUUGAAGGAAGCUCAGAAGGUUCAUUAGGUGGUGACGAUGAAGACAAAGGCGGCGAAAUGGAUAAAUAUAUGAGAUUAUUAGAUUCGCAAUUGGAAGCAGAAUUAGUAAAAGAGGAAGAACAUAUUGAUAAUAAACGCACUGAUAUAGUAGAAACAAAUUUAAUGGAAAGUAUUCAAGGAGAAUCGGGUGGUUCUGGACCAAUUGGAAACAUAAUUGGUGGUCCUAUUCGACGGCUUAUGCAUUUACAGUUACAAUCACCUACAAAAGUACCUCCUGAUUUGCAAAAUGGUGCUAAAGAUGAUGGUCCAGAGUAAUAUACAAUAGCACACGGUACAAGAUUUUCAUCUAUUAAUCGUGCUUCUGACUUUAAAAUGUGUUUUGGUGGAGCAGUAU